AUGCAAAAAGAAAACCACACAACUGUUUCUGAAUUUCUUUUAGUUGGAUUCAACAAUCUUCAUGAAUUCAGGAUCUUGGUAUUCAUAUCCCUCCUCUCUAUUUACAUUGCAAUAUUAAUUGGAAACCUGAUAAUAAUUGUUUUGGUUGUUUUCAACAUUCGGCUUCACUCUCCAAUGUAUUUCUUUCUUGGCAAUCUGUCAUUCUCUGAGAUUUUGUUUACUACGGUAAUUGUGCCAAAAAUGUUUUGUGUCAUACUGACAGAAAAAGGUGCUAUAUCAUUUGACAACUGCAUAAUCCAGAUGUAUAUGUUUGGUUCUUUUGCUUCAGUAGAAUGUUUCCUCCUAACAGUAAUGUCCUAUGACAGAUACUUGGCUAUUUGUAACCCAAUGCGUUACUCUGUUAUCAUGAACACUAGAGUUUGCAUGAACCUGAUUACCUUUUCGUGGAUUGGAGGUUUCAUGGCUAUAUUCAUAUUGAUAAUUCCAGUAUUUAAAUUGUUGUUCUGUGAUUCAAAUGUGAUUGACCACUUGUUUUGUGACUUGCCUCACCUUUUUAAAAUAUCUUGCUCAGAUACUUUUGUAGCAGAGACAAUGGUAUUCUUCUUUUCUUCCAGCAUUGUCUUAUUUCCAUUUAUUUUUGUCCUUGGAACUUACACUUGUAUCAUACUUACUAUAGUUAGAAUUCCUUCAACAGUUAGUAGAAGUAAAGCUUUUGCAACCUGCAGCUCUCACGUAGCUGUUGUUUCUACUUAUUAUGGAACUCUGAUUAUGAUGUAUGUAGUGCCAUCUAAAAAUCACUCACUUAUUGCAAGCAAACUCUUGUCUUUGCUGUACACUGUGGUAACUCCAUUGUUAAAUCCGAUAAUCUACAGUCUUAGAAACCAUGAUAUCAAGGUGAUACUUAGAAUGCUACUUUUAAAAAUGUAUGAAUAG